AUGAGAUUCUACAUCCGUCGAACCAUUCUCUACCCAAAACCCGUCAAGGCCGUUGCACAUAUCCACGAUCUAGCUAAAACCCGAAACCACGAUGAUUCAAGCUCUCACCCAUGGCCCGAAUGGCUAAAUUUGAUGGGGAUGCUGGUGAAAAAAGGUUACUUCGGAGAAACCGUGAAGGAAUCGAAUCAUAUCCGUUCUGCUUGUCUCAAUUUCGCCCGCCAUCGAUUCACUCUCGUGAGAUACUUGUCGAAGAAAGAUAUGAAAGUGAUUGCUGAGUGUGGAUGUCCCAGCAUUGACAGGAAGGUUGUGAACUCAGGAAAGCGUCUAAGAGCUUAUGUCGGCAUUGAUGAAGUAAAUUAG